UCCAGUGAAGUGUCAGAGCAGUUUCAGCAUUUGCUACCAAGAGAAGCUGAACAGCUGGAGAUCCUGAUAUUUCCAUCAAGGACCCUGGCUCGCCAUAUCAAGCAAGUUCCUCAGUACGAAGGAGCUGAGUGGAUAUCCCUCGCACGUCCAUCUCUGGUGUUGACAGUUGUCUCCGGAAGUUCCGCGGAGGAAUCAACAAACGCUGCAAGGUGGAACAGACAUGGCGUCGUGGGUACGGAUGCCCAGGAGACCCGGUCACCGACCCUCUCAGAGAUAUGAUGCCCUGCCUCUUUGAGCAGGAACAUACAAGUGUACGACAAGAGAGGUUACUGAUGCUCUAUAUCAUCUUCAAAGGAGGAGUGAGUCGGGAGACUUUAUGAAGC